AUGCCUUUUGGCCAGAUUAUUGUAGGUCCACCGGGAUCUGGCAAAACAACAUAUUGUUGGGGUGCUUACCAAUACUUGACAGCGAUCGGCAGAAAAGUUGCAAUCGUGAAUCUCGAUCCAGCAAAUGACACUAUACCUUAUCCUUGUCAAGUCAACAUUGCCGAUUUGAUUACGUUGGACGACACCAUGCGCGAAUUAAGCUUAGGUCCUAAUGGCGGUAUCAUGUUUUGUCUAGAGUACCUAUUAGAAAAUCUCGAUUGGCUUACCGAAAAACUUGAGAGCCUUCAAGAUCAUUAUAUCUUGUUUGACUUUCCUGGCCAGGUUGAACUAUUUACGCAUCACAACGCGGUUAAAAAGAUUCUAGACAAGUUGGAAAAACUGAAUUAUCGGCUUGUUGCUGUGCAUUUAGUGGAUGCACAUUAUUGUACCGAUCCAGCCAAGUACAUUUCGGUUUUGUUACUGUCACUCAAGACCAUGAUCCAACUCGAGUUACCACACGUCAAUGUUCUCUCAAAAAUUGAUUUAAUUGAAUCCUAUGGCAAACUGCGAUUCAACUUGGAUUUCUAUACUGAUGUGAUGGACCUUUCGUAUCUUCUUGAUUCUUUGAACGAGGACGCGUUUGGAUCAAAGUUCAAAAAGCUCAAUGCCGCACUAGUUGAUCUCAUCGAAGACUUUUCGUUGGUUGGCUUUUACACGCUGUGCGUGGAAGACAAGGAUUCGAUGACCAAACUACAGCAGGUGAUUGACAAGGCAGGCGGAUUUGUGUUUGGUGGUUUAACAGAAGGAAACGGAUCUAUCAUGCUGUCAGCCAUGAAAUCUGGAUAUCAUGAAGAUGUGCGGGACAUUCAAGAACGAUGGAUGGAAGAGCCGGAUGUGGAUGAUAAUAUGUGA